AAAAGAGUUCGUAGCUCAAAGCUGGAGGAAAUCUGUACAUUUUAUUUCUGUAGCUUCCUCUAAAGGCCAGCAUGCCGGCUGAUCGAAAGCCUAUGCGAUUUUCUCACAGUGAGGGUCAAACAGAUGUCUGUUUCGACGAAACGGGAAGGUAACUUAAGUGGAACGGUGUUUAUGACCAGUUUUUUCAAUCUCCAUGAUCAGUGGCGCGUUUUGCGGAAUGUUAUUUUCUUGUCGUCGGCAAAACAGUGUUUGAAUUGGUGUCACUUCGCUACGUCGUCUGAUCUUUCUGACUUAGAUCACUUCUCUUAAAGAGGGAUAGAUCCAUUAAUCAAUAUGUCGACUGAUCUCUCUACGAAUAUAAUGCAAUGUAGGAGCAAAGCAAUGAAAUGUUUACACGAUCGAUCGUGCGAGUCUGUAGAUUUCACUGCCAGCAAGGAGAAGUGAUGCAAAGCUUUCGAUAGAUUCAAUUCGUCCAAUGAAAUUUACAUGAAAUAAAGCAAGUUUUAGUUGUGAUGAGAUACAUAAUGGAAAAAACAAGUUAACUAGUAGUGCUAGAAGAGAGUGUCACUCGGUUUGUAAGCAUACUGUACUUUUUCGAAUUAGAUACUUAUAAAUGUCGCUUUGAAUCGCCUAUCAUUCACUGUUGUGGUUUCAGUUACCUUUUGACUUGUGGCUCAGAUGGAGAUGUACGUAUCUACAAAGAUUUUGAUGAUAGUGAUCCGGAAUCAGUCAGGGCUGGAGAAAAUGUGACAGUGUUAGUAGUCAAGGUACAUGCCUGCAAGCUAAAAAAUCUUUUGUAUUGGGUUAAACUGAAAGAAUAUUAAGUAAGAACCGCAUUUAUUUUUGCAUGGUGCUACAUAUACAGGUGCCGUGUGCCAUUAGUUAGUCUCUGAUAUUCUUUGCUUCAUCAUUUCACAAUACUACACAACGGUUUUUCGUGGAGCCAUACUCAGCCUUAUAAUUUGCUUAUUAGUAAAAUGUUAUUAUUGCUUAUAAUUUUUUGAUGUUCGUAACAUUUAAAAUUGUUAUUACUUUGCGAAAUUUUUUCACAGAACAAGAAAAUUGUCACUGCAUCGGACAACUCUGUGAAAGUAUUUACCUUCCCUGAGGUAGUUGUCAAUGUUUUGUCUUUAUUAGUGAAAUGAUUUGCAUGUAUUUAAUAUAUUUUGUGGCUGCACUUAGAUAUAAGUAGGGAUUAUUUUUAUUUUCAAUAUUUUUACAUAGCACUAAGUUUUCAAAGUUGUUUAUCAUGAUCACAAAGAGGAAUGUAGAGUUUGAUCACAGAGCUUUUGAUGAAAUCACUUCAUAACAGUGAUAAAGUGGAAUCCCAGCUUUGCUUGUGUAUGAUUUUAAACACUUUUCAUAGGUUUCUAAAUACAUGGAAGAUUUGUUUGAACUACAAAUUGUGCUAUGCAACCCAAGUUUUGAAUUGGUAUUUGUAAAGUGUUUAAAACAUAGACAUGAAGUAAAUGUUUAACUUGAAGUUGUGGAUUCUCAGUUCAGAUCAUGGAAUGGAAAAGCUGAAUUUCAUUUAAUGGACACAAAUAUUUUGUACAGUGGUAAAAUAAUUCAACAUUUUUAUUUUCAGCAGUUUUAUUUUUAUUUAAGAUACUGGCUUGUAAGAUGCAUUAAUAGUUUUUUCAGUGAUUUUGAAUGAAAUGCUUUGUAAUAUUAGGGGUCUCCUGAUGGAAUCCUCACAAGAUUUACAGCUCCUGUCAAUCACAUCUGCUUUAACCAAUCAGGAACAGUGUUUGCAGCAGGAGCAAGGUUUGUUAAAUGGCUACUGAAGAAGAAUUUCUGAUUUGUGAAACAGCGUCCAUGUGGUACUUUUAAUAACUGUGAACAAAGGUCUCAGCAGAUCUUUCCAGAUGGAAAAUUCUAGUAAAGAAAGCUGCAGGUGUUUGUUACAAACUUAGGACAAAGAAAAUUCAAAUCAGUUUGCCUGGGCCAAUUUUACAGAAGAGUGCUCCACAAAUGUUUGCAUGCUUCAUUAUACAAUAAACUCAUAUCAAUGAGUGUUUGAUGUUUAAUAAUAAUUAUGCGUGAAAAAUUUGCACACUUUUGAUUGGCUCGACUUGAGUGCAUUUUUCAUGUGACAUGAGUGCAAAACUACAAGGGCAAAUUACAAAAAGUGCAUGCUGUCUUGACUUUCUGUAAUGCUCUUUUUAUAUGAAUUGCUAAUAUUUUAUUAUUUUAAUUAUUAAUAAAUAUUAUUUCUUGUGUAAUUGGUGUAAUAAGAAUGAAUAAAUUUUUCAAAGACUACAAAUUACACUUUCCCUAUAGGCUCAUGCAAUAUUGUUCUAUUUCAAACAUUUGCUUGUGCUAAUAUUAACAACAAAUUGCACUUGAAAUCAUGUCAUCUAUAUUAAUUGCCACAUGUUUUGAAGUCUGUAGAGAAAGUAUUCAAUUUUGAAUAUAAUUUUUUGUAAUAAUUUUUACCAAUUGCAGUGAUUUCAAUGUAAAGGUGGUCACUGUAGCAGAUGGGAGCCAGAAAGUUCUCAGGGGCCAUGAAGCACCAGUGUUAAGUGUGACAAUGGAUCCUAAGGACCAAUAUGUUGUAAGUGAACCCUUUACACCCUAACAUCAAUAUGCAGAUUCUCCAUACUGUUCUCUGUACACUCUCUAAUGUGCUGGCAAGGAGAAUCUGUUUAACAAUCAAGAGGUUCUACAAUAAUGAUUAUCAUUUCCUUUAUUCUCAUGACCUUAAUGUUUGAUUCAGGGGUGAUAUUGAAAGGAGAAAUGAGAUGCUAGUCACUCUCAGGGAUAAAGGGCUAGAGAAUAGAUUUUUCAACUUUUUAUUGAAAAAUCUCUAUGUUCUGGAAAUUUGAUGUCCUCAAGGUGAAAAUAUAAAUGAAAUGUUAUUUAGAGAAAGAAGAGCAGAUCUGAAUUGUGCUUGUAAAAUUUGAAAGAUGCUAAUGAGUAAAAGUCUCCUAGGCUUUUUCAGUUACAGUUUAGCAUAUAUCAAGCUCUCUGGGCUUAUUGAAUAGUUUGUUAAUAUAAACUUACAUGUAUGUUUUAGACAAAGAGAAGGUCAAUCACAUGCAUUCCCCCACCUCUCACCCCAACUUGUGCCCUUGCAGUGGGAGGGAGGGGGAGGGUCUUAUUUAAACAUGUACCUCAGAUACUUGGAGGUACUUGGGUUUUUUUUAAGAAGCAUAAAGUGCAUGCAGUAAUGUAUGGAAAAACUAUCAUCAAAAAAUUUAAAGCUGUACAUCAUUUUUCAUGUAGGCUUCAUCCAGUUGUGAUGGGACAGUUAAAAUCUGGAAUUUGGAUGAUCAGGUAUUCUUUUUAUUUUUUUGCUUAAUUAAUUUUUUUAUGUCUAACAAAUAGGUUCAUAAAACAUUACAGCGCUAAUACAUUCAGUGAAUAAAAAAGGAUAAAAAAGAAAUGAAAGAAAUAUAGGUGGUGAAAAGACAUAAGUAAGUAGGAAAAGAAAAAAAAAGCAAAGAUAACUAAACAUUAUGAUAAUCACCAAAAAAAAUGUCGUCAGGUAUCUGUGGGCUAGUGAUACUUAUGAUUAUUCAGUAAAUGAAUGAAACUACUGUACUGACAGUAUCUUUAAAUUUACAACUUUUUACAUUUACUCAAUUGAGACAUUUGCAUGUUUAUAAUUUCUUGGCAGACUUGCAAGAUGACUUUGUCAAUUCUUCCUAGGGUGAAUGAUACAAGGUAGACUUAAAAUUGCUGUAGAUUGAAAUAUAAAUGAAUUACUGUGUUGUAAAUACUGAUUCACCUUCAAAAUGUGCUCAAAUGAAAAAACUUAUCCUGCUAAAGUGAGUCCUGCAGUAUUUGCUUUUUUGUUUCUGCACAAAAGGCUGUGUAUCAAAUGUUCUUUCCAUUUUUCCCUGUGAUUAAAUUUUACAUCUGGUGACCAUUUCAUAAUAUUAACCUUGGAGACAUGCUUUGAAAAUGAAGGUUAACCCUUUAACUCCCAGAAGUGAUUAACAUGUAACUUCUCUCUGUAAUAUCCAUACAUUAUCCAGCAAACAAGUCAUGAGAAUACUAAAACUUAUCAGGUAGAAGUUGUUAUCUUGAUCUAACACCAAAUUUCCAUGACUUACUGACAAGAAAAUUUGUAGUAGCCAGAGGGGAGAAUUGAUAUUCGGAUGUUAGAAAUUCAAGAAUUAAAAGGAAAUCCUAAAAAGGACCUAUUGAUGUACACAUAGAUGCGAUAAAGACAUGGAAAAGUACACUUCUUUGACCUUAACUGGAUGGCUUCCCUCUUCAUGACUUUUGCAAUUUUCACAUUAAUGAUAUCUGACCAUUAUUAAAUGAUUUGUCAAUUUCAUUUCUUUAGGAUCUCAAAGACCUUAUGCCGACUUGCUUGGCAGCCAGGCAGUGGCAAGGUAUGUGAAUUUGAUAGUGCCUUUGAAGUACGUGCUCAAAUACUUAGCCUUAAAAUACUGAAAUAAUUUCGCAAUAAAAACAUGCUAGGAAGGUGGUUCAAGUCUAAUGACUUGCAUGUUGAUUAAAUUGCUCAAUCAAGGAAAGACUAAUUCUGGACCUCCUGAUCAUUGAUGUCUAGAUUCAUAUUAAUGGGAAUUAAUAUUUAUUGAAAUAAGUGAUGCUAAGAUGAAAAAAAAAACUCAUCUACCUUCUGUUUACUCUUCUCUUGUUGGAAUCUUUUUCUAGUAUAUGGCUGUUCCUGUGGAUAAAACUGUCAAGGUACCUAUUAUCUCUUUACACCCUAACAUCAAAAUGUAUAUUCUCUAUACUGUUCUCUAUACAUUUCCUAAGCUGCAGACAAGGAGAUAUAUUCUAACAAUCAAGAGCUUCUAUAGUUGAUGAUUGUUUCAUUUAUUUUCAUGGCCUUAGUUCAUGGGUGACAUUCAGCUAACCAGAAAGCCCAUUAGUCGGUCAGUUAGUUGGUCAGUAGGCCAGUCAGUCAAUUGGUCAAUCAAUCAGUUGGUUGGUCAGUCAGUCAGUCUGUCAGUCUGUUAGUCUGUUCAUCUGUUUGUCUCUCAGUCAGUCAGUUAGUCAGUCACUAAGUCAGUCAGUUGGUCAGUUGUUCAGUCAGUUGGUCAGUCAGUCAGCUGGCUACUCAGUCAACCCCAUAGUCAGUCAAUUAAUUACAUCACCUGUGCAUCCACUUGUCAUGAUCAGUCACUCAGUCAGCCAUUCAGGGAGCAAGUGAGUGAGAGAGUCAGUCAGUCAGUCAGUUGGUUGGUGGGGAUCAGCUUUUGCAUAAACAUUCGCCAAAAGUGUUAAUGUUAAUACUGAUCAGUAAUGGCUGUUUUCUAUGUUUAGGUUUAUGAAAGAGAUACAUGGAAAAGUACUUUCAACUUGGAAAAAGAUGGUCACAGUGAGGUAUAAUUAUGUAUUUGUAUGGCUAGACAAUCUCUCUUAAUUUUUUUUUUACAUUUAAACUCCUCAUAAGAUAUCCAAAUUGUUCAUCAGAAAGAUGAGGAUCAUGCUGACAUCAAGGAAAUGUUACCUUUUCAUUGUGUCACCAAAUUAUUUUAAGACAGUAUUGAUAGAGGGGGAUACUUUGGUGAACACUGAAAUUGAGGAAGUAAAGUAUUUCUGAAUUAUCUAAUUAUUACAUAAAUUCAGUAAGUAAAUAUUUCAAAUGUUAUCUGGCAUUUCAGUUGGUCUCUCUGGUGUCUUGGUCUCCCUGUGGUAACUACAUUGCAUCUGCCAGUAUCAAUGGAGAGAUAUUUAUCUGGAAGGUGGCAACACAGGCAGUUAUUGAAAGGUUUGGGAAACAAUAAUAAGAGUGUGUGGAAUUAGAUGCCCCAGUGACUUACUGGGGAUGGACUUAAAAAUUGUUCUUUCAAAUUGCUUUGUCUUUCCUUGGACAAUUUGAGGAGAAUUUGAUGUUGUCAAGAGUCACGUGUUGAUAAGGCUUUAUCAUAUAAACUGUGGUAUUUUUUAAGGAUCUCCAGCCCCUAGAAAAGCUGUAACUACACACAUGUAAAAGAAGGAUAAUUUUUUACGUAUGUUUAUUAUUGCCAAUUGGUUGCUGACAGGUUGCUUGUCUUGCAUGUCAGCCUGUUGAUAAAAAGAAUGGCAAAGCAUUCAACAUUCCAAAUCCAAGGUCAUAUGUUUCGUUUUCUUGUCAGUAAAGGGCUAUUGUGUUUAUGUAAUAAACAAAAUAAUACAUGGUUGCUUGUAGAUAGGAAAUUUCUCUUGAAUUGUACAACUCAAUAUCUCACUUGUCCGCUGGGCUAGCUCAUUAGAUAUCAAGUUUAAAACUCUUGAAGCAAAAUUUUAUUUCUUUGCAUGCUUUAAAAUAUGGCUUCAGACUACCCUUGUUAUUUUUAAAAUCAAAAUACCUCAGGAAAAGGAUUUAGAUUGACUAAGGUCAUGAAAUUUGAUGAAGUAUUAUUUCAUUCUAGGAUAACUCAUGAAAAUGGAUAUACAAUUUGUGGCUUGGCGUGGAAUCCAAAAGGGAAUAAAGAAAUUGCUUAUACUGAUAAUCAGGUGAGCAAAAUUGUGAUAAUGUUUGAGUUGUGUUAUUUCAUGCAGGUGUUUCAAAUUGUUUUGAAGUAGGUGUCAGACUGGGCAAAAGUAUGUGACUGUGAAAAGUUCAUUAAGGGCCAAAAUGUAAUUAUUUUGAUGAGAGUAACUGGCAACAUGCUAUCAAGUAACCAGCAGAACUGUGGUGAUCAUGGGCCUGUUUCGAAGUCCAUGUUUAGAUAUGUGUUGAUAACUUUUUAUACGGCUGAGGCAGGGAGCCUUUGACACAGACAGUAGGGUUUACCCUGAUAAGAUUUGAGCAGGUGCCUAUAGUUCAAAGUGUGGUUUGAAAAUGAUUGUUAGUAAAGGAAUGGAUAAAGUCAUAAUAAAUCCUAGAAAAAUGAGGAUUCAGCCUCCCUCCAAACUCUUGGCUUCUAAGCUUAUUUGGCAGUACCAGUAGAACCUGAUCAUUGUCUGAGAUGCUGAUAGAUUCCUCACCCUUCACACCCCCUCCCCCUAACCCAUAUCCUACAACCUUCAUCUCUCACCCUAUCCUCUUCCUCUGUACCCUAAACCCCUCAUGUUUCCCCUCCUUAUUCUUCAGUCAUCACCUUUAAUUCUUUUUAACUUACUCUAGAUCCUACAGAAUCAUCUUUCAUCUCUCAUCCCUCUCCUCCCCCUCUUAUUUCUGACUGUUUGCCUGUUAUUAGUCUCCCUCUCCCUCAUCUUACAUCCUUCGUCAAUCACCCCUCAUCUAUUACCUCCAACCUUUCACCUCUUACCCCUCCCUGUACCUCGUCCCACUCAUUCAUCUCUCACCCCUCACUCCUCCCCAUCCCUCCCUCCCUCCCUCCCCAUCAACUUCUUUUGCCUCACAUCCCCAACCCUCUCUACCAUCACCCCUUACUCUUUGUCACUCACAAUCAUCACUCUCACUCUCCUUUUUUAGUAAUAAAUAUUAUCCAUCCCUUGAUGACCUCAAAAGUUUUGAAUGACUGAUGCUAAAGGAAAGAUUUUAGAGUGUAUUUAUGUGUUCUGUCCCCAAACCCAACUCAAAGACUUUGAUUAGACCAUAAUGCCUUAAGCUAAAAGAAUGCUAGUUGUGAUAAACUGCGGAAGACAAUAAUUUUUAAUUUGUUUGGAUUUGCUACAGGGUCAGUUUGGUGUCUGCGAGAAUGUGAUACCAAAUGAUGAGGUUAGUUAUGCACCCUUUUUUGAAAUUAAAAAAAAAAGAAGAAGAAAAUGAAGGUAAUGAAAGGAAUGUGUAAUGAGAGGUAAUGACCAAGUAUCUCAAUGUGAUUUGUAAGUGUACAGAAAAACCAAAGAAACCAACAAAUGUUUAAAAUUUGUUGGUAGAGGGUUCUAAUUGUCAUUAUAUUUGGGUUAUAUUUUCCUGGACCCCAUGGAAACCAAGGAGGUGGUUUUAGUUGCAUGUGGUUCAAGAUAGCCAGGGGAGAACAAGAGUAUUGCUUGAUGACAGGGUUGUGAAAAUUUAGCUAGCUGACAACCAUCAUGCUCAAGAUUUUGUUUGGCAGGAUGCAAGAUGGCUAGAAAGCAUGAGUAGAAUAUGAUACCCAAAAACAUCUAUGCCUAGCAAUGUCUGGGCAUUUCCUUCAAAACAUGAAGAUAGUUAUGUCUGUGUAUGAGCUUGGGAAAGAAACUCAACACACACAAAUGAACAGGGUUCUCUUUAAGGUUUUAAGUAGCUGGAGCUUUUUUAACUGUAAAUGGUUGUGGGUCUUGAAAUCCAAUAUGGUGGACAAAACAUCAUAUCAUUUGUACUUUCCUGCCACCACAGCAAGAUUUGUCAAAAAGACAGUCCCCAUCAGAACGUUUUUAAACAAACCUUGAGUCAGAAGUCUUUUAAUGUUUUCAGAAAAGAUAGGCAAUGCAAAUUUAUAUUUUUAUUGAGCCCAAGUUUAGACCUGAUAAACAUCAUCUCUGUAUGGGCUCUUGAAGCAACGAAAGUAGCUGGCAAAACCUUGCAGAGAAGCUGGCCUACUUCACCGGCUGCUGGCUGUUAUCUACAUUACCCUGAAUGAAAGAGAUCUUGGAACUUUCAGUUACAAUAUUACCCCUUUAACUUUUGUUUUUUAUCUUGAGCAGAAGUAUCCUGUACAUUAUGAAUGAAGAAUUGCCUCCUUGUGUCUCACUUACAUUGGGUUACUUUGCUUUCGCAGGUGAAAAGCUCCAAUCACUCUGUAACUGACAAUGAUGUCAUGGAUGACAGUUUGAUGUCUGCUGCCAUGGAUGCUGAUAGUGACGAUGAACAGCUUAUCAUUGGGAAGAAGAAACCCAAAAGCAAGUCCACAGCUUGGAUAGAUGAGGAGGCAGAGGAUGAUGACGAUGAUGAUGAUGAGUUCAAAGGUUAAAAAAUUGAUGCCAAAAGCUGUUAGAGAUUUUUUAGUACCACAUGUUAAUUACCCUGAAUAAGAUGGAAUGUUCAUCCCCUAUAAAUAACCAUUUCCACAAAAUUCUGAUGUUUUACAUGACCUCUUCUUUGGAUGACAGUGUGGGAGGGAGGCAGUGUGGCUGAAUGGUUAGGGUGCAGUUCUCGUAAUCCAGGGGUCUCUGGUUCAAGCCUUUCACUCUGCUACUCACCGGAUUUGUUCUAGGAUGUCCCAAGUUGGUCUGCCUCCUACCAGCUGGGGUUCUGAAAUACUAUGUUUAUUACAAUGUUCAUUUCCUGAUAUUUGUAAAUGUAGACUUGUGAAAUGUGUCCCAAGAACUGUCAUUAUUUUCAGGACCACUCUUUGCUGGUUGAUCACAUUACAUGACCAAGGCCACUCAUGAGUUUAAAUAAGUUACUUUUGAGAAGUACUAAAGGCUACUUUCAAAUAAUUGAAUUCUCAUUGCAACAGAUUGUGAUCAAGCAAGUCUUCAUCAUGAAGUUUCCAUUCUUUUGAAAAAAAAAUUCUUAAUUUUUUUACCUUGUUGUACCUGCAUGAAUAUUGUUCUAAUUUCUAUCCCUUUUUCUCACUACACUAGACAUCCGUAAACUAAAAGCAGCUUUGGCAGCUCCAUUAGACUUUGGUGAUGGGGGGAAUGAUGGAGACACAGCUAGUGAAGUGUCUGCACCACAGGCUCCUAAGAAGGUAAAAUUUACAAUAGAUUUGUACUGAUUCACAGCUGUCAAAGACAGAAUUAGUAUUUAACUUGACAGAGAUAGAGCAAUUCACUAUGUGCAUAAUUUUUAUUAUUUAACAGAAUUCCUUCCACCUUCUUACCCCAAGAAGUUAUAAACAUUUGUUUCAAGAGGGACUAAAUGACUAACAUACAAUUAUUUUGUCUUGCUUUUGACUUCAGGAAGUGAUCCACACUCCAUUUAUUCCAGUAGUCCAGCCACCAUUCCAACCAGGUUCAACCCCUGUCCACUUGAUGCACAGGUUCAUGGUUAGUAAAAAAUAUUGUUUGACUGUGAUGUAAUCCUUUCCUGAGUGAGAUAAACUUUGGGCUUAUGAUUUAUAUAUAGCAUGCUGCACUUUGGACAGAAAUUUUGAGGCUUGAGCCUUGCUUGCAGACUACAUAGUAUUGUUUCUGGUGCAAGACUAUUUUUCCUCUCUAAGUGCCUAUCACUGUCCAUAUUCAGGUAUGGAAUUCAGUAGGAAUAGUACGCUGCCACACAGAAGAUGAGAUAUCAUCAAUAGAGGUUGAAUUCCAUGACACAAGCACCCAUCACCCUUUACAUCUGACCAAUCAUCUGAAUCACACCAUGGCUGCACUGUCAUCCACUGCUGUUUUGUUAGCAUGCAAAGCUCAUGAAGAUUCACCAAGGUACUGUAAUCCUCAAUAACCCUUUCUAUCCAAAGGUCUGCAUAUCAGAUAUCCAUACAGUCUAUCAUACAUUUCUUAUAACCCUGGUUUUGGGGCUUUCCUGUUCAAACAAGCAAUAGCUGCCAUUAUAAUCCAUCAAUUUAUUUAUUUUGUGCACAGCUGGUCUAAAUACAACAAAAUUACAGAAAAUGCCCAGGUGAUGUAUCCCAAGUGAUAUUCCCCAAUUUGCAACCUUACCUCCACUACAAUAAAAGUCUUUGUUUAAGAUUUAAUUCAAGAUGGGAGAGAGUUGAGCUGCUGUUAGAAAAGGAAGGACAUAUUUUUUUGUUCAUAAAAUUAUACCAGAGAACUAGGAAAAGUAAACAUCCCAUGCAGCAAACAGUUAGCUGUUUGUAAGCUGUUCUUAGACCAUAUUGGUUCCUCAUAGCUCACAGUGUUCUUCAAGCUUUGCUCUCAGAAAAUUGAUGGCAUCUUGGAACAGAUGAUGUUUGCAGACAAAUAUCUGAGCAUAAAUUAUUUUCUUGCCAAAUGGAGGCUAUUAUUUAUUUCUGUGUUUUAUUCCUUUUCAUCAACUUUAUGUGUGAAAAUGAAUUUUUAUAGUAAGAAGAAAAUUUUAUUUAGGAUGGUAAAAUGGUUGACGUAUAUUUUCAGGUGAGGGGUGGGUGUGGGGGGUUUCAGAGCAUGCCAGCUUGGGGGCUUUUCCAGGGAUACCUAGUGGAUCUUGAAAAUGUACAAUUUUUAUGUUGCAAGUGUAACUUGGAUUAUUUUGCAUUGUUGCAGUAAACUUGUUUGCAUCCAUUUUGGAAGCUGGGAUAAUUCAAGAGAAUGGACUGUUGCAUUACCUGAGGGAGAAUCAAUCCAAGUAUGUGGGCUAAAAAUUCCCAUUUAAUAUUUGAAAUAUGAAGCAAAUAUGGUUCUAUUUAAAUUGAAUGAUUUCAAGGUAAUAAGCAAGGAUUUUAUUGAUGUUUUAAGUUCAAAGACACAUAACAAAAGAAACAGCUUUAAAAUACUGGUAUAAACCACUUCCUUCAUUGAAUGACAGUGGUUUAUGAGCAGGCUGUCAUUAUUAGCACUGCAGGACGAGUAUUUUGCCGCCUGCUGGACAAGCAUCUCACUGCCUGCAGGAAUAUUUGAGACAAUUCAGGAGAGGUCUGCUGGGGGUCUGGCACUCAUUAUCAGUGCCUUAUUUUCAGGUGAGGGUGGGGUGGGAUUUGGGACAGGGACGGACUCGGGCUUUUUUAUGGCCAGUCUGGUACUAAGUAUCAUGCAGUGCUAGAUCACUUGCAAUCUUUUUGCUGGCCAGUGUUGCUCAUCCCCUCAAAAUUAUUUGAAGGUGAAGAAAAGUUUAAAAGCCUGUAAAUAAAUCAUAAAACUUGCUUGUUUCAUUUUCUGAGUCAAACAGCUUCUUAUUUACUGCAUUUAAAUCUGUUAGGCAGUGGCAGUUGGCAGCUCUUUUGCAGCUGUUGCAACUGACAAGCGUUUCCUUCGCAUCUUCACCAUUGGUGGGGUUCAGGGUGACAUUCUGAGCCUUCCUGGCUCAGUGGUGUGUAUGUCUGGGCACAAGAACCAGCUGAUGGUUGUGUUUCACAUUAACAAUCCCCUCCCUGGUGAGCAAGCUUUAGCUCUUAAAUUACUGGAUUUGAAGCACAACCAGGAAAUAAUUGCAGAGGAGAGGGUGUUGCUGAGUGAGAAGUCAACACUGGCAUGGUUAGGGUAAGAACUAAGUAACCAUCUUAUACAAGCUUGCCUUAAAUCAGGUCCUCUAACCCCCCCUCCCUUAUCUGCAUUUCCAGAGUUGGUACACUCCCAUAAUCUUGAAGCAGAGGAAUUUGGAUUUUUUUGGAAAAAGCCAAUUUAUUAUCAGGACUUUUUACCCAAUAUUUUUCUGCAUUGUUUCUCUGCGGCUCAAGUUUGAAAAAACUUGAAACCUUAAUACUCAUAACUCCUCUAGGUGGGUUGUUCAAAGCAUCAUUAAGCUAAAUGAAGUGAUUACUGACAGUUAUAACAGUAUCUAGAGACUUUGCAAAUUUGAUUUGCAAUGUGGCAGUAAUUUCAAGUGCUUGAUCUUUUUUCUUUUCCUUCAAAGUUUCUCUGAGGAAGGUACUCCAGUCACUGUUGACUCAGCAGGUGUUGUAAGACUGUUGUCAAGUUCCUUUGGUACAUCUUGGUCCCCAGUUUGUAUCACUAAAAGCAAUGUAAGUGUUAGACUGGGAAUGAUAUCUCAGUAAAGCUCACGUGUUAGUUACGUGGUGCUCACAUGUUUAGGAGAACAUGAGAGGAUUGCCUUCGCUACAUGAAGUCAAGGAUUUUAAUGGUUUAACCUCCCACAUUAGGUGAAAGUAAAGAAAUUAACAAAGAAGAUCAGAUAACAAAAUGUAAAGGCACUUUACCUAAGCAAAAGUUCUUACAGAUGAAAUUUGCUGUUAUUUCCUUUAUUUUCAUCGGUUUUAUUUAUCAGUAAGUUCAAAUUUUUCUACUAAGGUGUAUUUUUUCCAGCCAUGUCCAAACUUUGCUUUCUUCAUAUUCUAUGUGUUGUUUUUUUAUGUUGCUGUCUUUCUUUACUCAAAUUUUCCUUGUUACUCCUUUCCUGAUCUGCAUUAUCCUCUUUUUUUUCCCCAUUCUUUAUUAACCUUUCCUCUGCUCUGCCCUCCUUAUGCUCUCUUCUUUUUCCCCUCUUUUCAAUCUCCUUCCUUCCAUUCUUCAAUCUUCGAGGGUUUCUCAUUUCUCCAUCAUCCUCCUGUUUUGGACUGUCUACCCUUACUCCCUUCCACUCUUCGUCUGCUCACUUUUUCUUCUAUCUUUUAUUCCAUGACUGAUGUACAAUUCAGGGAUUACUUUUUAUUUCAGAUGAAGAAUAAGUCUGACAAUUAUUGGGUGGUUGGUUUGGAUGAGAAAAGCCAGCAGAUCAGGUAAAAGACCUCCUUCAGCUUUUUUCAGCUUCACAAUACAGUGCUUUUAAUGAGACCUAGCACUCACUAGAGUUCUGUGGGCCCAGUUGUUCAAAGGCUGAUUAGCGCUAACCCAGGGUUAAAUUUUAAUCGGGGUUUCCUUAUUCCUUUACUCAAAAGCUUUUUUGGGAUAAUUUUCAGUGUUCUAUUUGAAGUGUCAAAUAGUCAUACUCUAGACUAAAAGAAUUUGACUGAAUUUCCUUUUACAGCUUUUAGACCUGAAAUCAGAUUUCACACUAACCCUGGGUUAUCUUAACCCAGCUUUGAACAACCCGGCCCUGGUGUAUAUUCUGUUGUGAAUCGCCAGGUAUACUCUGAAAGCUUUCAAGCAAACUCAAGAAGAGAGACCUAAAACACCUCAUCAUCUUUUUGAGUUCUUUCAGUUAACUAUUACCUUCAAUAACAAGUUUUGAUAAAAUGAUUGAUAUUGUCUUAUCAUAUAAUCCAGCAUACAUUUCCAGCAAAAAAAAGAUUUUGAGUUUCCAAGAAGAUACUGACUCAAUUCUUGGUAACCAGUAACCAUAUAGCCGUUCAGAGGACUUUUUGUGUGAAGCUUAGGGAGCAGGCUUGCAUGUCAGCAGAUGGAAGAUUUUGGUCAGAAAUAAAACGAUCAGUUAAACAAUUGUUAUAAAGGAGACUAAUGUUUACGGAAGUAACAUGGAAAAAUCUGUUUGUGGCCAGUUCAUUUUGAAUGGAAGUAAUGGGAUAACAAGAGGAAAACUGUUUUUCAUAUUAUUCUCCGGCGGUUGCUUUACCGAGGUAGCAAUCUUCUUCAAAUCUUAUCGAGAGCACUACAAUUAUCAUAAAUCAACUUACUUCUUUGGGAUAGUCGAAACUCUCAGGUUUCCCUUUGACUAUAUAACACAGUAUUUUAUUUGUUGUACUUCUUGGCCUGUUCAGGUGCAUCUACUGCAAGGGGUCAACAUACCCACCCACCCUGCCACGCCCUGUGCUUGUCCUUAUGCCCUUGCAACUUCCGUUUUGUGAAAUGACGACAGAGAAAGGACAGCUAGAGGUAUGUGGAGCAACUAGAAAAGUCGUGUUAAAACAAGGCUGCAGUAUGCUAAACCAGGAGCACAUAUGCUCACCAUCUGCUAUUAGCUGCUCAUGGCGUGAUUCAUUAAUAACUCACCUUCAUGCCCAUAGCAGACGGCUCUAAAUGUACAAUACAUGUAGUUUUAUCUACAAUUGAGAAAUUUUGCCUUCUUCAGGAUGAAAAGGAAAGAAAAUAAAAUCACAGGAAAAGCAUGGUUUUCAAUCUGUCGUAUGUUUACAUGUGUAAUAAUUUUUAGGGUAUGUUUUUACGUCGAAGGUCGCAUUAGCCAUAUCACAAGGUGAAAAAUUCUUUCGGGUACCUAACGGGAUUUUUUUUCUUUCCUCUUAUACAGGAAACAUAUGUUAGGUCAAAACUCGUGUUCGGAGCAUCUGAUGAGAGAGAUGAAGCUUCAUCAAACCUGGCAAAGACAUCUCAGAUUCAGAGCAUCAUGAAGUUGUUUGCGGUGUGUAUCCUUUUUUUUUAUUAUUAUUACUACCGGUAUUAUAAUUAUUAUAAUUAUAAUAGUGAUUAUUAUUAUUAUUAUUAUUAUUAUAAUUAUUAUUAUUGCUAUUAUCAUCAUUUAAUUUAUUUUUCGGUUCAGUUCAAGGAGUACAAUUUGAACUAAUCUUUUUUAUAAUAAAGUUCGGAUAUAACGCGCGCUGUCAUUGGUUGAAAGAGCAUGCUCUAUGAGAGUAUAGAGCAUAGAACUGAGCUAAAGCUGUCACGCCAUCUGCCAAAUUGUACUAUGUUCGACCUUUCUGGGACUUCUUUUUAGCUUUUUUCCGAUAAUUGAAAAUAAAAUUUCGGAACAAGCGAACCGACAAGUAGCAACAGAAGAACCAAACAAAGGCGAGUUUUGCGGCGCUGUCAUCCCGAGCGAUCUUCAUGUUCCGGUGAAUUCGGCUGUCGUUCAUUUAAAAAACACUCGCCUUGAACAGUUUGUUUUCUACCUUAUCAUGUGAAAAAACUCGUGUGUUUUUUAUGAGCCAUAAUUCGGCUGAAGUUCACUGAACAUUUCACUUGAAGAUUCUGUAUUAAAAACUUCAGGCAAAAGCGUUAAAAUCGACCUGCCGAACUAUUUUAGUUUGUAAACUAUCGCAGAUUGUGAACUUUGAUGGUUUUUUAACUUUGAUGGUUUGACACUUUUGACAGCUUUUGUCUUGUAGAGCCAAUCAGAUUAUUUGAACCAUUCUAACAGGGAUUCUGAUUGGCUUAUUGUAGCGUGCUCUAUGAGAGUAUAGAGCAUGCUGACGACAUUGUUCGCUUUGGAAAUAAAGUUUGUUUUGAAAAUUGGAAGUAAUGCAUGGGGAAUUUGACGGAUUCUUUAUUAUAAAAUAAAUAGAGAAGCCUUGACUGUGCUCUAUUCAGUUAUAAAGCACUUAGGAAGCGGCUAGAGCACUCAAGAAGUGGGGAGAAACACUCGACUACGUCUCGUGUUUCUCCCUACACUUCUUUCGUGCUCUAGCCGCUUCCUGCGUGCUUUAUAACAGAACAGAGCACAGUCUCUAUUUGUUAAUUUGCAGCCUUCAAGUCUUCAUUUCAACUACUGAAUGAUGAAAAAUAUGUUGUCACUGUUUAGUAUUUUGCGGCGUCUGUGGUGGAAGUGAUUUUAUGACCUUGAAGGUCUUUCAGAAGUUAAAAAUUGUUAGGAGGAAAUAGUUUGAAUGUGGCAGCAAUAUGUUUUUUUUUCUUUUAAAUUUAGUUGGCCUGUAAAAGUGAUAGAGAGUUCCGUGCAAUGGAGUUGUGUGAACUUCUACCAGAUGCCCAUUCUGUAAGUAUAUUCAGUGACCUUUUCGAGUUCAACCCUUUAACCCCUAAGAGUGACUAGCAUCAAAUUUCGUCCUACAAUAUCACCUGUCAAUCACAUGUUAAGGUCAUGAAAAUAAAGGAAAUGAUUACCAAUGAAAGAAGCUUUUGAUUGGUAAACAAAUUCUCCUUGUCAGCACCUUAGGAAAUGUGUGAAGAGCAGUAUGGAGAAUAUGCAUACUGAUUUUAGGGUGUAAAGGGUUAAUAACCGUGUUAUCUGCUGCACUUGUGUACUCUUAAUGUCAUGAUUCCUUUUAAUUGGCACAAGAAAAGGCCUUGGCUUUAACGUACAAUCAUUUUUUUUAAAGAUGAGUUUCAGUAAGACCUGGUUAUGUUAUUCAGAACACCGUUUCAAUCCUUUAAGCUUUUGUUUACUGAGACAAUUUCCAAUGACCUAAAAAAUAACUUGUAAGUAUGAGUGCCUUUGUCAUUAAGUUAAGCCAGCAAAAUGUACACAUGUUGGCCUGUGCCAGGCGUUUAAUCAGUGAAAGAGGUGCCAUAGUAGAGCAUAACCCAAAAAAAAGGAGAGGGGUUUUUAGUGGAAAUGCAUAGAGAUCCCAGGUUAAGCGUAAAUGUACUCGCAAGGAGAAUGCAAAACAAAAAAAAUUGCGUCAGUGGAGGUACGCCCAGUAUUGUCACUUGUCUUUCGACAACUUUUUAUAGUUAAAUCACCAACCCACUUGUAGGAUAAGUGACCAAUACCUGCAGGAAAAAAUGAUACAACAUGACUUAGUGUAGCUCUUUCCUUCCUAAGGUAAGUUUAGCAAUAAAAUAUGCAGCACGGAGUAGACGCAUGAACUUGGCAAAUCGACUGGAUGAGUUAGCCCGUGAGAAGGCAAAACUGGAAGCUGAGGAGGAGUUUGAGGACGAUUUCCAACAAAUUGAUUGGCCUGUAAGGAGGAGUAAGAUAUCUACAUCGAGGGUGGGUAGUCAUCGGCCUUCUCAUAUACCACGAGAAGUUGAACAAGAGGAGGAAAUCGAGGAGAAUGAAGUGGACGAUGACAUGGAUGUUGACGAUGACGAUCAACAGGUUUCCAGAAAAAAAGGUGGUGUGUCACCAUUUGCGUUUUUCUCAGGUUGUAGCAAAUGUAAAAAGAAAGCAGCUUAGGUGAUGUGCAUUUUACUGAAAGGUGCACACACAUUCCAGAAUUUUUCUGAUAGACUUCUUUUUGACUGAAACGUGUUAGCACCUUUACUAGCCUGUACUAAUUUACCAUUGAACAAGUAAUCGUCACAUGUCAAAGAGAAGACAGUGGUUUAAUGGUUGGUUCGUUGGACUUGGAGUGCAUUGUCUGGGUUCUAAUUAUAAGCAGGGUGAUUGUGUUGUGCUCUUUGGUAAGACACUUUACUCCCACAGUGCAUCUCUCCACCCUGGAGGGCAAUUGUUCAGGGAAACACUGCAUGUACGUAGUACUUUAGGUUCCUUGAACCUCCGAUGGACCAACAUUCCGAUCCAGGCCUUGUAACAUUACUUCUAUUUGUUUCAUGCUAAAAUAAAGAAGAUAAAUGCAGAAAUAAGCCUUGGCUUUCUUUGAAGUUUAUCUCCUACGCAGACUAAUAACAUUUAUUCAAAUGAUUCUUUUACAGAGAGGAAGGGCUUAUCAAGAUUGGAUAGUCAAGAUUUAGGAUCAAAACCCAUUUCAAAUGCAAAGUCUAACCCACCUUUGUCACCUCUUCCGAGCUCAAAUCCAAGUCAAGGCCGAUCUAAUCCCUUCAGAGUAUCUAGUCCUGGAAAAAGGGCGUCUGGUGUGCGUGGGAAGAGUUUUUUCGACAGCGUGGAGGAAGAAAAGAAAGCAUCACUGCAAAGGAAAAGCAAGAUAUGUGAGUAUAGCCUUAAUUUUGCUAAAAAUGGUGUUUAUAUUUUGAGAAGUCUCUCUGCACGAAAGAAACUGCACUGUUAUUGAAUCUAACCCUGCAGUCGCUCUGAGGAAGGGCUAACGCUCGAAACCUUAGCUUUAUUAAUUCUUUACAGUGGCCAAUUUUCAUUAUAACCUAACACGCACACCAGGCCUACCUAAUUCCUAGGGAGCUACCGCGGUAAAAAUGCUUACGUACGCUCAGCCGUGCAUCCAUAACAUGACAUAUGUAGUUUCGCUUUGGCUGAAAUAUCUCGUCGAGUUUAGCCGUGAGGUUUCAAAAUUGUCAAGAAGACUGAUUUUCCGUUUCAUCCUAACUGAGAUCGACCUUUUUGAGUGCAAAAUUAAAAGAAAAUAUGCUAAAUGAUACUCGUUUCGAAAAACAAUUUGCGUGUCAUAUGAACUUCGUAAUAGACCUCGCUCACCAUGGAGUCUCUGUGGCUCAGUGGUAGAGCAUCAGAGUGUGAAAUCCAAAGGUCUGAGGUUCAAUUCCUUGUGGGGACUCAAAAUUUUUUCUGUCCCAUGCUUGUCAGAAGACGAAAAAAGAUCUUUCUCAACAGUGAGCGUGUAGCUCUUCCAGGCGACGAAAUUAGUUUUGUAGUUGACAAUACUUCAUUCCCAAAAGCGAUUCAAAUUAUGGUUAUAAACAACACUGAGUUUUCUGAUUUCAACUGAGGCUCUGCGACAUUGGAUAUACUCUUCAUUGUCAACUCAGUUAAUAAAAGCAAAUUAUCAUGUUGUACCCCGAUCGAUGCAGCACCACAAUUUAUUUAGAAACUUACUCCCUUCAUUCACUUGAAGAAACGGUUUGAUUAGAUUGACAAACACCACGUAGGCAAGAAUUAAUCAGAGAGAGAUGAAGUUGUUUAUAAAUGAUGGCAAAAGUAGUGCAAAUUAUUAUAUAGCUGUCUUUGCAAGUGAGCAAGUUGAAGCAUGUCCUCAGAUCUUAUCUGCUGCUUAAACGGGCAAGAUAAAGCAAAUCCUGUGUUCUGAUUGUCUCAUUGGCUAACCUUGUGGGAGUAGUUUCUAACUUCUGGGAACAACAGAAAAAGAUUGACAGCGAAAAGUGUUUCGCUAAUUUUUAAAGACUUUUUUCAUCAGUAUUUUGUGACGUAGAAACUUCUUUAGAUAUUUUAGAAGAAUGAAGGGUUUGUAAACAGAAUUUCAACCUAUUCUAGGCUUUCACCAGUAAAACGAAGCGCGAUAGUAAACUGAGAAGUGAUAAAACAAGGGAGGCCUGGGUUGACUUGACCCAAGCCUACCUCGCGAUUUUACUUAGCAUAUACUAUGACACCGAUUGUUAUUUCGCUCUGUUUUGUUAACUUGACACCUGGAACAGGCUAACAGAAUUUUAAGCUAUAAACCCUUCUCAAAAAGCACUCUACUUUACAGCUCCUGAUUCCAAGCCAGUUCAGAAAAAGAAAAGAGGAAAACAAACCACUUUGAUGAAAACACCUCCAGAGAAAGAGAAAGCAACUGUGAAUAAGGAAACAUCGCCAGAAAGGAAAAACCCACCCUCUAAGAAGUAAGUGGAGAAUUGUCCUUUUUUUCAGUAUUACAUCAUUUGACCAUUAGAGCACUGGAACACCCAGUAUUCCGUGCUGCUAAGCUAACACACGAACAGAAGGAAGAGCGGCAAAAUGCUUCCACUUAAUGAUUUGUUUUGGUUUUCUCUUGGCAGGCUUUUUAAAAAACAAACUUUAAACGCUUCAGAUUGUUUUGUUGGUAUUAACACAUUUAAAUGGUUUCAUCUAGGUUGCUUUCAUCUUUUGUGCAUGCCUUAUGCGGUCGAUGCGAUGCUAAGUUGAGGCUCAAGGAUCUUUUUCGAAAACUAGAAGGCAAAAUUAUACUAGAAAAAGAAAUAAUGGAGUGGUUGCAAGUCCCUUAUUCGAUGGUCUAACAUGAUAAAAGCGGACAUUUCCCCGUGGUCACUAAUUGCUCUUGAAUCUGCCCGUAUUUAUACAUCUUAUUCGAUGGUUUAUCAUUUGUUAUUUGAAUUUCAAACUCCGAAUAUUGCAUUUCUAGUUUUCUGAUUGGUUUACUCAACUCUGGUUUUCAGCUCAUAUUCUGAAUCACCUUAGUGGCAACUAUUGUGGAGCUGAAAAAGGGCUCCAAAUAUCCAAAUGUUGUGGAUUUAAUGAAAAUCAAGAAGAAAAUUAUUCCAUCUGCGCUUGUUGGAUACGCGAUUGGAUAUGGCCAACUCAUAACAAAUGUGCUCGUAUAGAAUAAUUGUUUAAUAUGGGCAGGUCUUUGCAAGUUGCAUCUUCUUUUUUUUCCACGCCACGUAGGGACAAUUUGAUAUACUGGGGAAAAGACAUGAAUUUACAAAAUAUUGGUAACCUGAUGACCAAACUUCCUUGUCUAAUUUAUAGAUGAGAUUUCUAAUAACUCAAAGAGAGGAGUAUUAAAAGAUCUUGGAAGGUAAAACGUUCAUGUUUUGUUUCUGACAGAGUGAAUGGUUUUACCCUUUGGUUUGAGGAGAACAAAGCAGGUUUGUCAGAAGAAAAUCCUGAGCUGACUGGUACUGAUCUUGUUAAAUCUGCCAUGCGACAAUGGAAGGCACUUGAUGAAGAUGAAAAGAUGGAAUGGAACAAGAAAGCAAAGGAAACUGCAGAGGAAACGGAACAAGGAGAAAAGAAACGCAAAAGAGAAAUGUCAGAUGAGGAAAAUGAAGACUCUUUAAAUACAAUUAAUUUAGCUAAGAAGACAAAAGAAUCAGGGGUGAAAGUUACAACAUCCAAACUGGCAGGAUUUGUUUAUAACAAAAAUUAAGUGCAGAUCUCCUGGUCAGUGUUAAUUUAUAACAGUCAUGAAAUUUAUAGUAACUUGCCUGUUGUCUCCAAGACUUUCUUGGAGUUAGCCACUAAGUACAGGUUUUGGUUAUGGAAUUGAUAGAUUGAUGGAUUCAAGCAGUGGAACUUGACAGGAAAACUGAAAAAACAAAAGAACAAAUGGGAACUAUUGAAAAGGAUUAAGAUAACAUUUAACUGCAUCCGAGAGAAUUUUAAGCAUUCACUUGCCAUUUUCAAGAUUUUUUCAUAUUUAUUGUAUGAAAAUCUCAUUGCUAAAAAUCCUUGCUAUUUUGUGGCUGUGGUUUUCCCAUUUUAAGAUUGUUGCUACUGGUUGAAACUAUUUAAAGACUAAGUUUGACACUUUUUUAUCCUUAGUUUUGCAUUGUCCCAGAACUCUUAUUUUAUAACUACAGCUAAGACAAGCGGGGAAAUCUCAUGUCAUAAUUUUUUGAAAAAAUUGAUAUAUUUACUUGUCAAUAUUCAGUAUCAGAAUGAAUUUCAAUAAAUUCAGUCAUUUGAAAGGAUGGGCAUCAAUAUU